AUGAAGGUGGACGGCGGAACAUUCCAGAUUUUUAUCAGAAAUGAGAAUCACACCCACUCCCAUCUCAACACGCGUGCAGAUGCUGCUUCAUACAUGACAACUAAAACAUUACCGAUUGAUGAACAAGAUCGCGAAGAUGUCAAGACGCUUGCCGAUGCCCGAGCCUCAUCCAAGCAAAUUACCGAUUUCCUGAACGACCGGAGAUGGGGCGAGACACUCGCCAUGGAGUUCACGCACGGCACCAACAAUCUGGGGUAUCACUUGGAUUUCAUCUACCGGGAUCAGCAGGCUGUGACUAUUUCAGCUAUCCUUACUUACUUCAAGGAAAAGAAUCCUGGGGUGGCGUAA